AAACUAUGGGAUGAGGCCAAUGAUUCAUUAUUGAGCAAAGAAGAUAUCAUUAAGAAUGCUCCAGAAGGCAUUCCCAUGGACCAAUGGGCAUUGUAUGUUAACUAUCGGUCCAAAGAAGAAACAAAGGCGCUUUGCUUGAGAAAUCAACGGAUUCGAGGACAACAAACACUUCCUCAUACUAGUGGUGCUAUGAGUCUGGCUAGAAGAAGGGAUUUGAUGAAGAAAAUGGGGAAAGAAGUUGAUCGAGGCAAAGUGUGGACUGAGACUCAUAAGAGGAAAGAUGGGAGUUAUGUGAAUGAUCAAGCUAGGGAUAUUGGGGUAAGUGUUAUUUGGAUUCUAAGAUGUUUAACUGAUCUGGAAUCCAUUGUGUCAUUUCGUUUUUCACUUCGAAUGUUGAGUAUAACUUUAGAAAGUGAUUGUCCUUAUAUUAACAAUCAGCUAUUGCUUGCCUUGGUUACACGAUCAUCGGAUGAACUUAUAGAAACUAUGUUUAUAUUUGCAAUUUUCAGCUUUGUUUCUGCUUAUGUUGCCUUCAUAAUUGAUAUACAACAACUGUAG